AGCUUUCAGUGUCUCGGAUGCCAUGCAGGCGAACACUCAUUUCGAGUGUUGCCAUUACAAAAUUAUCAUGAGAUUAAAAUAUAAAUACGGAUAUUAUUCUACGUAAAUCAGUGAGUUAUUACAUAACGAUGAAAGAUAAAUAAAUAAAGUAUUAAAACAUAUAAUAUUGUAUCGAAGAUAAGAUUUUAUCUAGUUAAGUUUAAGUUACAAUGAAUGCUUGGGACGAUGGGAGUCGCUGCGAUGAUGCGAUGGGUCCAAGUGUAUCUCGUCCAGCCAGUGUUGCGACAAUAACGAGACAUCCACCUCUGAAAAAUGGCGGCGAACUGAGAGAAACAGGGUAUCUGAUUGGUAUAGGUUCUAGAACCGCAAGAUUUCGUAGAAAACACAGAAAAAAAAUAUAUUGGAUAAUACUACUCAUUUUAUUGUUUAUAAUCACAUUUAUGGGUAUUAUGUUAACUCUAGUUUACAAAUACAUGUUCAAACCUCCACCUAAUAUCUGCUUGACGAAGGAAUGCUUACGCUCUGCUGCCAACCUGGCUCUCUCUAUCGACAAGACGGCACAACCUUGCGAAGACUUCUACCAGUACAUGUGUGGAAACUGGCCAAAAAAUCACCCACGGCCUGACGAAUAUAUAUCAUUCGACUGGUUCUCCGACCAGGAGACCAGAGUAUACGCGGCGGUUCGAGACUUUCUGGAAGCGGAUGAUCCUACCUUAAACCAGAAACCUAAGCCUGUGCAGCAGACAAAGAUCAUGUAUGAAGCUUGUAUGGAUGUCAAAACAUUGGAAGAUCGUGGAUUAGAGCCAGUAAUAGACAUGUUAGAUGAAAUAGGACUACCACAUUAUCCCACAAUUAUAAACACAAGAGCUGAUAAAGAUCUCAACUAUACAUUCGACUGGCUGGAGGCCGUAAUCAAAAUUAAAAAGAAACUCGGAAUGGAUGUACUAAUUGGGUUUGAUAUAUUUUUUGAUUCAAACAACUUUACCAACGAUAACAUUUUGAUCGGCGCGCCAGAAGUUACACAUCCUUUUCCAAGUAUGCAUGGUAACAUUGUAUUUCAAAGAAGUAAAAACAGAAGGUAUUCUCAUUCACACUUCAAUACAAUAACAAACUCCAAAAAAGAAAACUCACACAGUAAACGUCAACCAACCAAAAAAGAGAAUGAAGAUGUUAAAGAUAAAAGUGAGGUAUUUUACAUAGAAUUGAUGAAAUAUUUUAUUGAAGAAGAAGCAAAAAUUAGCAAUAAUACAAAACUAGUAUCCAAAGAUCGUUUGAAAGAGAUAGCAAAUAUUUUCUACGAUUUCAACGAAGAAAUGAACGAAAUUAUGUCGUACAAUGAAACCGACGAAACAGAGGUAUAUGAGACACAGGAGUACACAGUAAAGCAAAUCCAUAACAUCACAGACUCAGUACUAACACAAAGUAAUGGUACAGCAAUACCAAUAUGGAGAAGAUAUUUUGAAGGGAUAUUUACCGUGAAAGAUGAAAAAUUAGACUUUGAAAAGGAAAAAAUAUCAAUAAGUCAGCUAGAUUUAGAAUAUUUAUGCGUGAUGGCUGCCUACGUGUCUAAAACUCCUCCAAUUCACUUGGAACUCUACAUUUGGAUGAAGGUAAUUGAAGUGUUAGCGGUAGAUACUACGCAGACGUUGUACCAGUUGUUUUUAAAAAUUUACCCAACCGAUGUUGUGGCUGCUAGGAGUCUGCGAUGUGCUAACGCUGUUAAUGAGAUGCUGGGGAUGGCUGUGGCAUAUGCUAUUGCUGAACCGGACUUCAUUAGUGUUGUUAAACCUGAGAUAGAAGUAAUGUUAAAAAAUCUGAAAGGCGCUUUAGCCCACUUAAUAGGAGAAACAAAAUGGAUGGAUGACAACACUAAAUUAAAAUCGUACAGAAAAAUCAUAGAAAUGAAAACGCUUAUAGGGUUUCCUGACUGGUUGCUUGAGGAAGGGCAACUUGAGUCUUAUUACAAGGGAGUAGAGGUGAAUAAAAAGACGCAUUUGGAGAAUAUGAUCAGCAUAGCUCAAAUGGAAAUUAAAGCUAAGAUGGAUGAUUAUAAGAAACCUCGUCCAAAUUUAUGGUACAUCGAUCCUACUGUAGUUAAUGCUUAUCAUGUGUUCGCAACAAAUACAAUAACUGUUCCCAUGGUGAUAUUACAGUAUCCUUUUUAUGAUUUAGGUUUAGAUUCCCUUAAUUAUGGCUCGUUGGGGACAAUAAUUGGACACGAAAUCACUCAUGGCUUUGAUAACUUAGGUCGACUUUACGAUAAAGAUGGUUAUUCGAAGAACUGGUGGUCGAAUGAAACGGUGGACUCUUAUCAGAAUGUGACGGAGUGUUUGGUCAAACAAUACUCAUCAUUUAAAAUACCUGAACUUGGGAAAAAUAUAGACGGUCACAAGACUCUGGGUGAGAACAUAGCUGACAAUGGCGCUAUUAGACAAUCAUUCUCGGCAUUCGAGCGGCAACUGCGACGUAUCGGCCACGAAGCUAAGUUACCUGGAUUCGAGGAAUACACUCCGCAACAGAUGUUCUUUAUGUCCUAUGGAAAUCUGGACCUUAAGGAUAUGCGAAUCGUUACAUUAUAUUUUUUUCAAUUAUUAAUAUUUCAGCUGUGGUGCGGUAUCUCAACAAACGAUUCCUUGAAGGCCAGUUUAGAAGACGAGCAUUCUCCACUCAAGUUUAGAGUAAAAGGGAGCCUGCAGAACAUUGAACAGUUCGCUCGAACCUGGAACUGUCCCCCUGACUCCCCAAUGAAUCCUACGAAGAAAUGUGUCAUAUUUUAAAGUAGAAGAAAUCAACACGCUGGGUUCCAUUACGGAUGUCUCGUAAGCCUUGGAUUUAGUGAGUCG